UUCUUCACCACCCUUCAACUAAAUUAACACACCAUAUCUCAUCUAAUAUACACUAGUACGACCGUUACUUCAUCAAGUUCCCCAAGCUCAUCUUAUUUUAAUUAGCCUAUAGCUUCCUUUCACCCUUUGAAAUUUCAUUUCAAUAAUCUUGCUUUAAACUCUUACAAAUCAUCAAACUCAUCACAAGAUAGUAAUGAAGAAAGCAGUGUUCAAGUUAGACAUAAACGGUGACAAAGCCAAGCAAAAAGCUAUGAAGGCAGUCUCUGGCAUCCAAGGAGUUGCUUCAGUGUCAAUGGAUAUGGCAGAGAAGAAAUUAACCUUAACAGGGGACAUUGAUCCAGUACAUGUAGCAGGGAAAUUACGAAAAUGUUGUCACACAGAGAUAGUUUCUGUUGGACCAGCCAAAGAGGAAGAAAAGAAGGCAUCAUCAGAAGAACCUGCUAUCAAAGUUUUUGAAACCUAUCCUCUUCAUUAUUAUCAAGCCAGAGCACCUUAUUAUGUUUCAAGUAUGGAGGAGAAUCCUAAUUCAUGUGUCAUUUGCUAA